CGCGUCGCCGCUCAUCUGACCGCCGCUGCCCGCCCGCGGCCGCGCUCCCUGCGCGGGGUGGGAGCAGGGGGCGAUACCCCGUGGCAGGGGCUCACACAUACCAGGGGCUCACCCGCCACAGGAGCGCAGCCGUGCCAGGCUCUCGCCCGUCCUGCCCGCGCCAGCCGUGCCACCCGGCUACGGCGCGGCGGGUUCAGCGUUAGCUGCCCGCAGGCGGCAGGAGCGCGGCUGCAGCCGGGCGCAGCUGCCCGGCACCAGCCGCUGCCUCUCCGCAGAGUGUUCUGCUGAGAUGGCAAGCACCCAUGGGGCAGAGUCUGAUGAUGAGGACACAACUGAGACUGAGGAGGCAGUCUAUGAGGAGGUGGUACCAUGCGACAAAAUGGAGCUGAACCAGCGGCUGUCUGUGGAGGAGCUCAUCACCACUGAGGCCAGUUAUGUCCACAACAUUCAGUUCUGUGUGUUGGACAUCCGGGCACACCUCCAGAAAAAGCAGCUGCCUGACCUUGACCUGGAGGGACUCUUCUCUAACAUCGAUGACAUCCUUCACGUCUCCAGACGGUUUCUGAAGGAUCUUGAGGCCAUGGCCACCCAGGAGCAUGAGCAGCUGCUCUGCAUCAGCACUCUGUUCCAGGAGUUCAAGGAUGAGAUGGAGACUGUCUACAAGAUCUACUGUGCCAGUUAUGAUCAUGCCCUCCUGCUGGUGGAGAGCUACCACAAGGACCCCAGGCUGCAGGAAGAGAUCUUGGAGACCCUGAAAGCAACAGUGCCUCACACAGGUGCAUCGGACCUCAGCUUCUUCCUGGUGAUGCCAGUGCAGAGGGUGACCAAAUACCCACUGCUGCUGGGGAAGAUCCUGGAGAAUACCCCUACCAGUGCCAGUACCUACCCAGCCCUGCAGGCAGCUGUCCGAGCUAUGGUCCAAGUUAAUGCCAACAUCAAUGAGUACAAACGGCGCAGAGAAGUAGCCACCAAAUACAACAAGGCGGAGCAGCUGACGCUGCGGGAGCGCCUGGCGCGCCUCAACACGCACUCCAUCGCCAAGAAGACCACACGGCUCAGCCGGCUCCUCAUGCAGGAGGCUGGCAUCGUGGCCAAGACAGAGGACAGAGAGUACGAUGACCUGGAGGAGAAGUUCCAAUGUGUGGCUUCCAGCGUGGCUGUGCUGAAGGAGAACGUGGCAUCCUACCUGGGCCACUUAGAGGCCUUCCUGUUGCCCACUCCACACAAGCGUGAUCUGCAGCUUGAUGAGGGACCUGCCCAACAGUACCAGCGUUUUGCAGAGUAUCUCCAUUGCACUGCUUUCCCAGAGUUUAAGCGGCGGCUGGACAGCCUGGUUUACCAGCCCCUCUGCAGCCUCUCAGACAUGCUGGUGGGGCCACAACAGCUGGUCAAGAAGCGCCUGGACAAGCUGCUGGACUAUGAGGAGAUUCAGGAGCGGAAGAGUGAGAUGGGCAGUGUGACAUAUGACGAGGAAGCAGCCAUGAACACCUAUCUUGCCAUCAAUUCCCUGCUCGUGGCUGAGCUUCCACGAUUCAACCAGGUGGCUCUAGAGCUCCUGGAGCAGAUUCUGUGCUCCUUCAGCACCCUGCAACUGGAUUUGGCUGCCAAGGUCCUGCACCAGGCAGAAAAGGAGCUGGAGCAGAUGCCCCAUGGCCACAUGCCUCUGCCCAAUUUCAGGAAGAUGGUGGAAGACUCAUUGGAGCAGUCUGGUACUCAGCUCCGCACCUUCUGCCAGACAUUUGAGACAGUCACACCGAGCCCUGUGACACAGCCUCUGAACCCUGCUGAAGAGCAGAAAGUCCUUUCCCUCGUGAGCAAGCAUGGCCCAGACAAACUUUACCAAGUGACAAGCAACAUCAGUGGCAGCAAAGACUUGGACCUGACCUUGCACAAGGGACAAAUUGUAGCUCUGCUGCAAAGUGUGGACACUAAGGGGAACACGAACAGAUGGCUGGUGGAUGCUGGAGGUCCCCGAGGGUUUGUACCUGCUGGAAAACUCCAGCCCUAUUGCCCAGUACAAGGCCAGCAGCCUGGGGUGCAGGCACAAGACCCGGAAAGCAGCACAGAGAGAAGGCGACAUUCAUGUGCAUUACCUGAAGCUCCCAGGCCCCAGGUGGCCUCCUUCACCCCAGCUUUCCAGGUUGUUGCUGGCUUCUCCUUCAAAGCCAGGAGUCCGCAGGAAGUGAGCCUCCAGGAAGGGCAGCCUGUGGUGGUGCUGGAACCACACGACAAGAAAGGGAGCAAGGAGUGGAGCCUGGUGGAGGUGAAUGGCCAGAGGGGCUAUGUGCCCUCCAGCUACCUGGUGACCGUCCCCAUGCAGCAGCCCAUGGGCUGGAGCUUGCCUGUGUGAGCACAGCCAGCCUGCACCCAGGGGCACAGGCCUCAUCAGAUGAGAGCUCUCUGCUUGGCACCUGACAACUGAUCACAGGAGAUGCUGGAGCAGGGUGGUUGUGGUGGCCCCAGGCUUAGAAAGUGGUGGAAGCAUCUGGCAGAAUACAGGGGGCAUCUGGCAGGGGAUGUAGAUGCAAGGGACAGCGGUCAGGAGGAUGUUUUGAUGAAUAGGUGUUGGGAUGCUAUGUCCCACAAAGGAGAGGAGCUUGAGGGAGUAAGGGCAGGUGGCUGCAGUUUUCCAGGGACUUUCUGAAACCCAUAUCAGUGACAAAAAUGCCCCUAGGGAUGAUAAGA